CGUUUCCAGAUUUUGAUAACGAGGUUUGAUCUCGUAGUUUCAUGUGAAGGGAAAUUUAUAUUUACAGAAUUUGUAGCUGAGAGAAAAUUCCGUUAUGAAGUCAAGAUUUACCACAUUAGACCUUCAAGCUGUUCUUGCAGAGCUUGCAAAAUGUGAUGCAUAUGGUUUAAGGGUUGUUAAUGUGUAUGACAUUGACAAUAAGACCUACCUCAUUAAAUUAUCAAGUAGUGACAAAAAACUUAUGUUACUAAUUGAAUCAGGAAACAGAAUUCACACAACUGAAUUUGACUGGCCAAAAAAUAUGAUGCCCUCUGGAUUCUCAAUGAAGUGCAGAAAACAUUUGAAAAACAAGAGACUUGUCUAUGCAAAACAACUUGGUGUGGACAGAAUUGUUGAUUUCUGCUUUGGUUAUAAUGAAGCUUCAUGUCAUUUAAUUGUGGAAUUAUAUGACAGGGGGAACAUAGUUUUGACUGAUCAUCAAUAUACAAUAUUGCAACUACUGCGGGUUAGAAAGGACAAUGAAGAUGUCAGGUUUGCAGUUAGGGAAAGAUAUCCAAUCGAGAAAGCACGAGAAGCUGAACCAUUGAUUACAAUUGAAAGAUUAAAAGAAAUUUUGCAAAAUGUGAAGCCUGGAGAGCAACUUAAAAGAAUCUUGAACCCAUUAUUUAUAUUUGGCCCAGCUCUGCUUGAACACUGCUUGCUAGAGGCAGGAUUUCCACCAAAUUGUAAAGUAGGAGAUGACUUUGCUAUGGAUAAAGACAUCGUUAGACUUCAUGAUGCUAUUAAGAUGGCCGAGACAGUUAUGACUGAUGUUUCAAAUGGCUUAGAGAAGGGAUAUAUCGUACAAAAGAAAGAAAAGUCAACAGCUGGAAAUGAACUUUUAACGUAUACCGAGUUUCAUCCAUAUUUGUUCAAACAACAUCAAGAUAGUCCAUUCAUCGAAUUUGUGUCAUUCCAAAAGGCAGUGGAUGAAUUUUUCUCGAAAUUAGAGAGUCAAAAAUUAGAUCUUAGAACAUUACAACUGGAGAAGAAUGCUCUUAAAAAAUUGGAGAACGUGCGACUGGAUCACCAUAAAAGAUUGGAUGCUUUGCAGAAAUCACAGGAUACGGGACUGAAUAAAGCAGCACUGAUCGAGCUAAAUUUGCCUCUGGUUGACCAAGCAAUAAAAGUUGUCAACAGUGCAAUAGCCAAUCAAAUUGAUUGGGAAGAAAUUAGCAAUAUUGUAAAAGAGGCUCAGGAGCAAGGUGACCCUGUGGCAUGUUCUAUAAAAGAAUUAAAGCUGGAAACAAAUCAAAUUACGAUGAAGCUAAAGAAUCCGUACGAUAAUGAAAGUCAAGAAAGCUCCUCGGAUGAAGAAGCAGAUUCAAGUAGAAGCAAGAAAAAGAAGAAGCAAGAUUUCAUCCUUGUGGAUAUCAGUCUUGGCUGUACGGCAUUUUCCAAUGCAAGGCAAUAUCAUGACAAAAGAAGGCAUGCUGCAGGUAAAGAGCAAAAAACGAUUGAUGCAUCAAAAAAGGCGUUAAAAUCAGCUGAGAAGAAGACAAAGCAAACACUAAAGGAAGUUGCAACUUCUGCUGUCAUCAACAAAGCCAGAAAACAAUAUUGGUUUGAGAAAUUUCUUUGGUUCGUAAGCUCAGACAAUUACCUUCUAAUCGCUGGAAGGGAUCAGCAACAAAAUGAACUGUUAGUCAAGCGAUACCUCAAGCCAGGCGAUUUGUAUGUCCACGCUGAUCUACAUGGUGCAAGCAGUGUUAUCUUGAAGAAUCCUACGGGACAGCCUGUUCCGCCUCGAACUCUUAACGAAGCCGGGACUAUGGCUAUCUGUUACAGUGCUGCAUGGCAGGCGAGAGUGGUCACCAGUGCAUGGUGGGUUUUUCACCAUCAGGUGUCCAAGACUGCGCCCUCAGGAGAGUAUCUAACAACCGGAAGUUUCAUGAUUCGUGGAAAAAAGAAUUACUUACCCCCGUCGUACUUGAUGAUGGGCUUUGGAAUCAUGUUUAAACUGGAUGAGACGAGUGUUGGGAACCACUUAAACGAACGGAUGCCAAAACAUAUCGAAGAUGAAUCUGAAACUUUUAAGGAAGACAGUUCUGCGAACCCUGACGAACAGGAAGAUGAAAUUGACCUUUUGGAAGAAAUCGAUGAAGCAGAUGAAAUGUCACGCGAUUCACCAACUAUUCCAGACAUUGUUGAAAAUCUGACUGACGAAGACGACGAAGAGGAUUCUUCCCAAUACCCCGAUACAUCACUUCAGCUGAAAUUUGUUUCCGGAGGAAAUUUCGAGCUGAAAGUUGAUUCGAGAGCUGCAAAAUCGACAGAUAAUAGUGAUGGCAUGAUUGACUUUGGAGAUGGAGAAAAGGUUUUUAUUGGCGAAAAGCAAGAAACGCAAGGAAAACCAAGACUUUCAGCAAAACAAAGAAGAGAUCUUAAGAAAAAAUCGAAAGGAGCAAAUGAGAUAUCAGUGACAGAGGAAAACAACAGAGCAGAUUCUGUUGCCUCAACCGGAAAGAAACAAAAACAAAAUCUACAAGAGUGUACGCAAAGUGAACAGCCUUCAUCUCAAAAAGUUUCAAAACGAGGACAAAAGGGUAAAUUGAAGAAAAUGAAGGAAAAGUACAAAGACCAAGAUGAAGAGGACAAAGAAAUGAUAAUGCAGCUGCUUGGCUCCGCUGGAGAUGCAAAAGAAGCGAAGAGCAAAAAGAAGGGCAAGAAGGGAUCGAAGCAGGUGCAACAACAAAGGCCACAGUCUGGGAAGGGUGCGAAGAAAGUGCAGGAACAACCGUUGAUUCUUACCUCAGAAAUAACCGAAAGUGAUGAAAUCACAAUCCCUACAGAAUCUUCAACUAGUACGAUGAGUGCACUUACCGACGAAACUGUUGAAGAUGAAGAAGAUGGGGCUGCUAAUGAGGAAUUGGAUAAGGAAAAUGUUUCGGUUUUAGAUACGCUGACAGCUUGUCCGAUUCCUGAAGAUUUGUUGCUUUUCGCCAUUCCAGUUUGUGCACCGUACAGCACCAUGCAGAACUACAAGUAUAAAGUCAAAGUAACUCCAGGAACUGGAAGAAAAGGAAAAGCUGCAAAGACUGCCUUGCAUUUAUUUUCUACCUCCAAAGAAGCCACUCAGCGAGAAAAAGAUCUAUUUAGGAGCUUAAAAGAUGUCGAUGUAAGCAGAAAUAUUCCUGGCAAAGUGAAGAUAUCUGCGCCAAAUUUACAGAAGUCGAAAAAGUGAGAAUCAAGAUGAAAUUUGGAACUUUCCCAACAAAUGCACAUAUGCUGAGCAAAAAUACUUGCUUCCAUAGAUCAGGAAUCUUUUUGAAGAAAAUUCCGCAUGAAAACGGUCAUCAUUGAUGAGCUUGAUCCAGGACCUUCUAGAGUAUCGAUUUGGUUCCAGCAUCCCCUUAAGCUCCAGAAUUUUUUCUUGUUGUGUCUUUUUAUAAGAAGAAUACGAACUAGAAGAAUAUAAAUUUCCAAAAAUUGUAUAAUUACAGUAUGUGAUAUUAUUGUUACGAUUGUUUGCUGAA